CUCCGACUGAAGGGGGUGACAAUAGACACCCAGAGCGGUUGACCCCGCAGGAAGUGAAGGCGCGGAAGCCGAGCGAAACAUUUUCCACCCGGCCGGCUCCGUCUCUUUGUCCGUCCACCUCCGCGCUAAAAGCAACAUCUUCAGCGACAACCAUGGCCAAUGUCGCCGACACGAAGCUCUACGACAUCCUCGGCGUGUCGCCGUCUGCCUCCGAGAACGAACUGAAAAAGGCAUACAGGAAGCUUGCCAAAGAGUACCACCCGGACAAGAACCCCAACGCUGGUGACAAGUUCAAGGAAAUCAGCUUCGCCUAUGAGGUGCUGACCAACCCAGAAAAGAAGGACCUUUAUGACCGCUAUGGCGAACAGGGCCUGCGGGAGGGCGGCGGCGGCGGUCCCGGCAUGGACGACAUCUUCUCACACAUCUUUGGCGGCGGGCUCUUUGGCUUCAUGGGCAGCCAGGGCGGACGCUCACGCAAUGGUGGCCGGCGAAGAGGCGAGGACAUGGUGCACCCACUCAAAGUUUCACUGGAGGAUCUUUACAACGGCAAGACCACCAAACUACAACUUAGCAAGAAUGUACUGUGUAGUACUUGUAAUGGACAGGGCGGCAAAACGGGAGCUGUACAGAAGUGCACCGCCUGCCGAGGGCGCGGCAUGCGCAUUAUGAUCAGACAGUUGGCACCGGGCAUGGUGCAACAGAUGCAGUCCGUCUGCUCCGACUGCAAUGGAGAAGGCGAGGUGAUCAGCGAGAAAGACCGCUGUAAAAAGUGUGAGGGUAAGAAGGUGGUGAAGGAAGUGAAGAUCCUGGAGGUGCACGUGGACAAGGGCAUGAAGCACGGCCAGAAGAUCACGUUCGGUGGAGAAGCAGAUCAGGCGCCCAGCGUGGAGCCAGGCGACAUCGUCCUGGUUCUGCAGGAGAAAGAGCACGAGACAUUCCGGCGAGACGGCAACGACCUGUUCAUGAACCACAAGAUCGGCCUGGUGGAGGCGCUGUGCGGGUUCCAGUUCAUGCUGAAACAUUUAGACGGCAGACAGAUUGUGGUCAAGCAUCCCGUGGGGAAGGUCAUCGAGCCGGGCUCGGUGAGGGUGGUGCGAGGGGAGGGCAUGCCGCAGUACAGGAACCCCUUUGAGAAGGGAGACCUGUACGUCAAGUUUGACGUGCAGUUCCCCACGAGCAACUGGAUCAGCCCUGAGAAACUGGCGGAGCUGGAGGACAUGCUUCCGUCACGAACGGAGGCGCCGCUAAUCACCGGCGACACGGAGGAGGUGGACCUGCAGGACUAUGACGUGAGCCAGGGCUCGUCAUCAGGGGGCCGCCGGGAGGCCUACAACGACAGCUCGGACGAGGAGGGCGGCCACCACGGCCCGGGGGUCCAGUGCGCCCACCAGUAGCCCGGAGGGUCCGAGGCAGGCGGGGUGGCAAAAAUCGACUUUAUUUAAAAGAGGUGGCUACCCCCACUGUAAACAUGCCACUGUUACACCCUGUGAGGCAGAGAAUGUCUCUCGUUGGAGUGUUUGCUUCUGUUUUUCAUAGAAUUUACAAUAAUUUAACAAAUGGACAUAUUCACUUGCGUCGUUUUCUCAUAGGAUGUUUGAUUUUUACAACUUUUUUUUUUUUGGUAACUUUUAAUUCCGCCCUUCCUCCAUUUUUGGUCUUUAUAUUUUUAAAUCCAAAUUGUGUGUACCAUUCGGCUGGACGUUGUCACUUGUAUUCAGAAGCGGUAUGUGAUUAAAAAAUAUCAUGACAGAAUUGAUGCACACACAAACUCAAAAGACAAUAGCCUGCAUCUUUAAGUGCAUGUAAAAAAAAUAUAUAUAUAUAUAAAUGUUUUUCUAUUAAAAAUGACUUGAGCUUUUGGUUGGAGCACUCGUACCGCUCUCACGAAGACAAAUGUUUAUGUUGAAUCAAUUGAAGUCAUGUAAUAGCCUCAUUAUCAUGAUUAAAAG